UCAGCUGCACCCUCUUUUUUUUCCCUACAGUGGGUUUCUCCCAGGAUUGCUUGUGUCUGGGUCUCCGUUUUGUAAAGUUAAGUUUCUAUCUAUUUUCCAUUUCAUAUCCUUCCUGCUUCAGACCAAAAUCUGCAUCUUUCAGAAGCUAUUGUGAUGUUGGAUGUACUGAUAGUAGGGGGAGGUCCACAUGCCUUAACCCUGGCCACCCUCUUAAAGAACCCCUGCUUUCAAACAGGGUCCCCUCACUCCGAAGUAUUAGAUGGGAUUGUGUUGAGUAAGAAAAAGUCUAACAACGGGAGAGCCAAGACUGCUGGAAAAAACAGAGCCAAACAAACCCAAGCAGGUCAAGAAGAUGAACCAACGGCACACAAGGAUAUGCCAUCGUGCCCCCCUUUGAGUAUAAAAGUCAUUGAUCUUUACGGAGAGUGGAUGACAUUAUGGGAGAAACAGUUUGCAGCUUUGAAUAUACCUCAUCUUCGCUCCCAUACCCUGGUCCACACUGACCCCUUGAACAAGAAAGCUCUGCAGGAAUUUGUUAUUGAGCAUGAGCGCACAGGGGAAUUACACUGUUUGCCCGAACACAUUUACAUUCAAGAUGAAAACGCCUUUUUCAAUGACAACCGCCUGGGCAAGAAGGACAAGAAAAAGCUCUCUGCUAAUAGUAGCCUGCGGAAGAGCCUUUAUUUCAGCCUCCCAGGCACAAAGCUCAGUAUGGACUUCUUCAUGGAGCAGGUCCAGAAAUACCAUCUGGAAAGCAUUCUUGUCAGAAGUACUGUGGAUAGAAUCAUCCCAGUCCUAGAACCCCCCACUGAUGUGUUGCAAAACCAAUGUGACCACAAAAGGGCACUGUACUUUAAAGUGGUAUUGCAGAGUGGAGAGACUAUUGAGUCAAGACAGGUCGUUAUGGCAACAGGACCCACAAGAACACAAAUGGCAAACAUUCCAUCCUGGGUUACUGCAAUCAGUGAGAGUUACCCAGAGGAGCGGCUACAGCAUACUGCGCAGUUAAUGCAUCUUCACGAUGUCCAUCAGCAAAACCAACCACAUGUAUGCCAGAAAGGGGAUCGGCUGAUGGUGGUAGGAGGAGGCCUGACGAGUGCUCACAUCAUCUCCUUUGCCUUACAGCAAGGGGCCAGUCAAGUCACUUGGGUUAUGAGAAAACAUUUGCAGUUGAAGCAGUUUGAUGUUGGGGACAUUGAAACUCUAGUUGGACGGUACAACCACGUUGAGCAUGGCAUUAAGCUAGAUGGGCUGGCUUAUCUCCGUCAGUUCUACAAUGAGAGAAGCUUGCAGAAACGCCUGCUUAUGAUACGCCAAGCCAGAAAAGGAGGAGCAGUAACACCUGAGGCCUAUCAACAGCUGCAGCCCUUCAUCAGCAGUGGCAAUCUGAUUGUUAAAACAUACUGUCAGGUAUCUGAAGCCAAGUGGUCUUACAAAGAUCAGGAGUGGGCCGUCUCUCUAAGUACCAGUGAAUGCUGGAGGGGUGACAGAAUCUGGCUGGCAACCGGCUGUAAACUUGACGUCACCCAGGAUUCUUUACUGUCUGAUGUCAUUAAAGAGUUCCCAAUCCAGAUUUUAGAUGGCUGGCCUUCAAUCUCUGAAAAUCUUCAAUGGGCUCCUGGCUGUGACCUCUAUUUAAUGGGGCAAUAUUCAGCACUUCAGAUUGGACCUCAUGCAGUCAACCUGGCUGGGGGACAAGCUGCGAGCGCCCGGAUUGCCAAGGCCAUCCAUUGUAAACACAGAGAGCCGGGUGAAGAAUGUACUGCCCUGGACACAACACAGGCUAAACAGACUCAGACAGAGGCAUACAUUCAGCAGAUGCAUGGGCUGAUGUGGCUUUGAUUUCAUAACAGUGUUCCAUCUAUAAAAAAAAAAAAGAUAAAUAGCCACCCUCCAGUAAAAGGCCAAUAAACUUUAAUUUGAAAUGAGGUCACUUCAAUCAUAAUUUUCCGAAUAUCUGUCCAUUGUAAACAUCAUAGUUUCAACCAGGGCCCAUUAUUAUACUGUGUAUUUUUAUAAACCUUUUUUUUUUCCUUAACAGUUUAACAAUGACUCUUCUUCUGUUAAAAGUGUGUAAACCUGUGCUAUCUCUUGUAAAAAUGUUGUCGACAGCAGCAAUGGGAAGACCCUGGUCAACACCCUAGAGACGUGUCUCCCACUUUAGGACGAUGUUCUAUUUUUCAGGCAACACUAGGGCAACGUUUUCAAUGCCAGCCAAUCAGUUGCACAUGAUAAUAAAAUGUUGAUGUAGACACAUGAUUUGGAAGUGAAGCAAAUGGAUUAUUUUACUUUUAUUGGCUUGAGAAAUAAUUACAUAUAAGAAAAUAAAAGGUUCCUGUGGAGGCCAUCUGUUACUUUA